UGUCCGGUCACGUGGGGCCCCGGGUUCCGGGUUCUCGGAGAGCUUGGGGGUCCGGCGAGCGGGGCCGCUAGUGCGGCGGGGAGCAGGGCCAUGGAGAAGCUGCGGCGGGUCCUGAACGGCCAGGACGACGAGGAGCAGGGCCUGACCGCGCAGGUCCUGGAGGCCUCGUCCCUCAGCUACAGCACCAGGCUGAAGUGGUUCGUCAUCUGCUUCGUGUGCGGCAUUUUCUUCUCUAUCCUUGGGACCGGAUUGCUGUGGCUUCCUGGUGGCAUAAAGCUGUUUGCAGUGUUUUAUACCUUUGGAAAUCUCGCUGCGCUAGCCAGUACGUGCUUUCUAAUGGGACCCGUGAAGCAACUGAAGAAAAUGUUUGAAACAACAAGAUUGCUUGCAACAAUUAUUAUGCUUUUGUGUUUCAUAUUCACCUUGUGUGCUGCUCUUUGGUGGCACAAGAAGGGACUGGCCUUACUAUUCUGCAUAUUGCAGUUCUUGUCCAUGACCUGGUACAGCCUGUCAUACAUCCCGUAUGCAAGGGAUGCGGUAGUUAAAUGCUGUUCUUCUCUCUUAAGCUGAAAAUCAGAAACUCUUUGAAAAGAGCCUUGGAAAGUUGAUAUUCUGUUCACUCCCCAAACAGCUGCUGCGACAUGUUUUUAAGACCAUUUUGUGUACUGGUGGAAACUACAUGCUCGAUUCAACUGUUAAAUACUUGUAACGUGAAAUUCAUUAUGUCUCAUUAACGUGUUGUUCCCCAAAUAAGGCAUUUUUAAUCAUUGCCAAUUGUAAAUGAUUUUUAGCUCCUUUUUUAAUCCUUUCUAAAUAGCAUUUAAGAUGUGAAUAUUUAAGGAUAAACCUAUGCUGCAAGCUUUUUUGGCUCUUUAAAAAUGCCUACGUUUUUCUUUUUUCUUUUUUUAAAUUUUAAAUGUGAAAGUUUUUACUUUAAGCUAAAAAUUGCUUAUUAUAUGUAAUAAAAAUAAUAUAUAAAUCUUUACAAUUUUGAAAUAAACCCACACUUGGAAAAAUAAUAUUUUCUG